AUGGAGGUGAGCUACCCUCAGCAGGACGCACACUUUGGGCUCGUUUCCAAAGUGACCAGUGGAUUGGUAUGCAUCUAUCUGACCAAAUACGAAAAUAGUAUUUUGCAGAGAAUAUACUGCUCAAAAUCAUGUGAACAGGCAUCCGAGGAAAAAAAUAUGGAUAUGGAAAAGCUGUUUGAGAAAAACUAUCAACUUGAACAAGCUUUGAGAAGCAAACAAGUUGAGAUUGAACAUCAAAAAGAAAUGGAAAAUCAACAGAUGCCUCACCUCCUGCUUAAUAGGAUGUUCUGGAGAGAGAAACGUUCGCUGAAAAACUGA